CUCGAAGAUCUUUAUUGAUAUUAAAUGUUUCAGUUUCUGUCUCAUAGUAUUGUAUUCAACUUUAUGAUUGCUUUGUAUCUUCUUUUCCUUCGUAGAUAUAAUUGUUGUGUUUGGAACUCUAAUCUAUUUUAAAACAUGUUGUCUAUACUAAGAAACUCUUGUCGAAGAAAUGUUCGAUUGAGCACAAACUACCUUGUUAUUCGCUCUGUGGGAAGUCAUCAUCUUCAAACAUGGUCAUGCAGAGAACUUCUUGCUAAAAAAAAAUUUGACAGUGAACAGUUGCAAUACUUGAAGUUGCAAAAAUGCGACUUCCGUACUACGCAAUGCUUAUAUGUGCCACCAUUUAUGGUUUAUAUUUUGCGCCCUGUCAUAUACAUUGGUGGAGCUCUGAUGGGACGUCAUAUUAAAAAGUGGUGGGCACGUAAAUCUAAGGAGGAGAAGGAGAAAUACAGACGAUGGUACAGAGAAAGGCGCAAUGUAUUCCUAGGUGGUUUUGGACUUUAUGGCCUAACGUUAUUUAUUUAUUAUAUAACUCAUUUAAAAACUGAUCCACUGACACAACGUUCAAGAUGUAUAAUUUUUAAUAAAAAACAAGAGAGAGACUUGGGAAAUAUACUUUAUGAGUUUUUUUUGAACUUAUUUGAGAACAAUAUAGUACCAAACAAUCAUCCUGCUUCUAAAAGAAUCCUACCAGUAUUUAGAAGGCUUAUAGUAGCAAACAGGGAUUUAAAAUCUAUAAGAGAAAUAAAGUGGGAUAUAAUAGUUAUCAAUACACCGUUAAUGAAUUCAUUUACACUACCGGACGGAAAAAUUUUCAUUUCUUUAGAUAUGCUAAAAUAUGUUGAAAAUGACGAUCAGUUAGGAUUUGUAUUAGCUCACGAAAUGGCUCAUUCAUUACUCUCACAUAUAAUUGAAUUACUGACUGAUCAAUUCUUCUUGGACUUUUUAAUAGUGGUACCCACGUUGUUAGUUUGGGUUGUAUUUCCUGAUAUGGCAGCUGCCAUUGUUCAGUUGCUAAUAAAUCAGAUAAUGAGAAUUAUGUAUGAACUUCCAUAUAGUAGGCUUCUAGAAAAAGAAGCUGAUGAAGUAGCGAUGAAAUUGGCUGCAAAGGCUUGUAUCGAUGUGCGUGAAGCUGUUGUAUUUUUGGCUACGUUGAGAAAACUAACAGAGAUGAACUUUUUGUCGCCGCAAACGCCAUGGAUAUCAUCGCAUCCUUCUCACGACGACAGAGAGAAAAAUAUGAAUGAUGUGGUGACAAAAGUACUAGAGACGCGAGAGCAUUCUGGAUGUCCAGCGUUACCCGCAGUAGACCCAAGAACCAGGUUUUAUGGACGAUCGACAACAGAACAGAUAAUUCACUUCAGACAAAGAGGGAUUAUUGAGUGAAAAGUCGAAGGUACAUAAGAUUUAGUUAAAAUUGGUUAAAUCUGAGUGCCUAGUGCAUAAGCAGUGCCCACUUUAGGUGAUUAUCAAUUAGUAACAUCCGGAGGAUGCUAUUUUCGUUACAAACAUCGCGUUUUUUAAAACCACAUCCGAAUUUCUUAAUAUUAUCUUAUACAUAUGUCACAAGUUCCAUUUAACUGAUGUGCUACAUAUAUACAUACCAUGGCUACUCUGAAAGUGUUGAAAGUGUUAAUUACAUUUGUAGAUACGUUUAAACACACCAUGCUUACACAUAUAUAUAUAAAUCAUAAAAUUUUGUUUCGUGAUAAAAUUGCACGUAAAAUUCUAGCCGUUCCAAAGUACUGGAUGUUGAUCAAUUGAAAGUUGAAAGCUGAUUAAAAUUAAUUGUAUAUAUAAUUAUUAAUAAUUUAAUUAGUCGACGAAACUGAUAAAAUUAAUGUAUAAUCAGUCGGAUUAAAGUAAUUGAUUGAGAAAAAUCUGUUAUAUGUAAUCUCGAUUUAUUCGAUGUUAAUUUUGAUCAUUUUAUUUUCAAAAACUUUUUGCCAGCAUGAAAGUUGUUUAAAGUUGUUUUUGAAGUUAUUUGAAAAGGAGAGAUUUUGAACUCUUUUUUUCGGGGCUUACUAAAAUAAAUUAUGUAAGUAAAAUUAUAUACUUAUUUCUUAACACAUAAACGCGAUAUAUAUAUUGUAUUGUACAUUGUAUCUUAUUGUAUAUCUUAGUUUACUUUUUAAUAGUGUCAUUUUUUACUAGUGUAAAUUUUGAUUAAUGUUAAUGCGAAUUGUAUCUAAUAACACUGCGCUCAAUAUUCAAAUUGCGUUAUGUCGAUUCGAUAUUCGUCCGUUUUGGUUGUUAAUUUAUUCUCGAUAAAAAUGUAUAUGCAGUAGCUCAAAGUAACGAGGAUCUACGAUUGUAUAAACUAUAUUUUCCUAA